UGCAAGGAGGACCAUUCUUACCACGAAGGACAAGUUCCCAGCAGCAGAGAUGGGUGAAUCAAUCAUCUACAUCCGGCAUAUCGAAUUGCUAGGAUUUGAGAAGAGAUUUUUCCCCAGCCAACAUUAUGUUUAUAUGUUUCUGGUGAAAUGGCAGGAUCUGUCCGAAAAAGUUGUGUAUCGGAAGUUCACAGAGAUCUAUGAGUUCCAUAAAAUUUUGAAGGAAAUGUUUCCGAUUGAAUCUGGGCAAAUUAACCCAGAGUGUAGGAUAAUCCCUCACUUGUCAGCUCCACGCUGGUUUGACAGCCAACGCUCCACUGAAAACCGGCAAAAUACUCUAUCUGAAUAUUUCUCCGCCUUGAUCAAUCUUCCACGCAAGAUCUCCCGUUGUGUGCACAUCUUAAACUUCUUUAAAGUCAGACCAGAUGAUUUGAACCCAUCUACUGCAAACCACCCCAGGAAACCAGAAACAUUCCUGAUGCCAAAAGAUUCAAAGAAGAUUGCAACAGACAUCACAGGCCCCAUCAUCCUACAGACCUACCGUGUGAUUGCUGACUAUGAGAAGAACUCUACCACUGAGAUGGCCAUGAAGGUGGGGGACAUAGUAGAUGUGGUGGAGAAGAGUGAGAGUGGAUGGUGGUUUUGUCAGCAAAAGAAUAAACGAGGUUGGGUACCAGCUGCUUAUCUAGAACCAAUGGAUAGUCCAGAUGAAGCUGAAGACCAGGAGCCCAACUAUGCAGGUGAGCUCUACGUUGUCCGAAAAGGUUACACAGCCGCUCAGGAAGAUGAGAUUUCCAUGAAGGAAGGAGAAACCGUAGAAGUUAUCCAUAAACUGCUUGAUGGUUGGUGGGUAGUCAGGAAGGAAGAGAUGACAGGCUACUAUCCUUCAAUGUAUCUGCAGAAAGCAGGAGAGGAAAACGUGACCGAGAACAGUCAGCUGAGGAAUAAGGCAGCACCACCACGAAGUUCUAGCAUUGGCAACAUCAAGAGCAUCCAUAAUCAAAGUCGCAAGCAGAUCAGCCAGGAGACGUAUAGGCGGAACAGCGUGAAAUACAUGCAAAGCAGAAAGAAGCUGAAGAACAAAAUCUUGACAAAACCCAGUAUUAUCGAGGAAACAAAUGAGAACGAUGAAACCAAGCCUGUAAUUCCUCCGAGACCCAGUAAAGAUUUGAUUCUGAUUCGUUGUUCUGAGAGCACAAAGAAAAAAAUGCAGUGAGGAAGAAAAGGAGGAAUUUAUCUCUUCGUCUUUGCUACCAUCACUAAAAAGAACUUGAAUUAUUUACCAAGAAUUGUCUGAGGAUCUCUGUUUUUGGAAGAGUUAUUGCAAACAAUGUCUAGUUGCAGGCAGCUCUUGUGUUCAGAGAGUAUGAGCCUUUUUCUGCUUGCUUGACCAAUCUUACAGAGAAGACUUUAGAACAUAGAAUAAUAGCAUGUGGCUAUUACAACUCUACAGUAUGUAAUUAUAAUUGCACAUAGAAUUUAGCACUGAUGACUUCUUACACAUUUUUCCAUAGAGUCUCUUAUUGUAUCAAGAGGGUAAAGCUAUGCUGAAUAGAGUUUAGUGUUAAAUCAGUUAAGUUUCCUUUCCCUUGAGUUUGUACGUUUUGCCCACCUAGCCUGCUUAAACAGAGUAUUUAUAACUCACAUACCUUGGUUUCUCUGAGCAUAGAUUGUUUUCCUGCAGAUGUUUCAUUACCAGACUUGGUAAUAUCAUCAGUGUAGGGGGCAGAAUGGACUUUGUUGGUGGUUUAUAUAAUAGUGGUCUAGUUUAUAUAAUAAUGGCCAGCCUUGCCAGUUGUGAUUGGAAUGUGAUUUCUUCCUUGAGCAAUCAACGACUUUCACUCUCAUCUAUCACCAAAAAUACCAUGAACAUAAUGAGCCUCUAGUAUAUGACUCAAACGUAUUGUUUGGAUCCAGAAAACAGGCUAAUUCAGUAGCCAGUUUAAGUAUGUUGUAAGAAUUGCAUUCAUGCACCAUUCUUGGCCAUUUUAAGUCCUGAUAAUAGUAUUUUUCCUACAUUCUGAAUUUUCACUUCCAUUUAGUAUUUUGUUUGAGGGAUGUUAUUUGCCUGCGAUUUAGCUCCUUUGGUUAGUUUGUGUUCAAUUUGUUAAUUAACAUUAAGGGUUUUUGUAGUUUAUUAUAUAUAACUAAUUUCAAUGGGAUUGUAAUUUGUAAAUAUAUGACGGCAUGUUUUAUUCUUUUUGCAUGUGUCUAACUACUGUUUAGUCCUCAUCUGAUGGUUUUUUACAAUUGUAAUUGUUUUGCUUUCUGCAAAUCUAGAAAAAAGAGUUUCCAUAGCCACAGAGUGAAUGGCCACAUAUGUCCAUAGAUGUUGUGAAUCUUGAUCAGUGGGAUAGCUGGCCCUAUAGGGCAGGCACAUACAUUGAGCUUAUGAUUAUUGAUUGUGAUGCACAAGUCUGUCAACUUAGUGUAUUUAUUUUCCAUGUGUCAAAGGUUGUUACCUUUGAGAUAGGUUGCUUUCUAAAAUAUGUUUUGGGUAGAUGGGAUCUUGCCUUACAUCCAUUGUAUUGCACUUGCAACAUCUGUGGCUAUAUGACUAAUAAAUAACCUGCAGUAAUCAAGAGGUCCUUUAGUCUUCUUUCAGCAAGUCAUUUCCAAUCAAACAGCAGUGGUUGUGACACAAAGGAAAACCUCCUCUUGUACUUUAGACCUACAGAUU